AUGCCUCACCAGUCCACCAACCACAGCUCUGGACUCAAGCACUUCAGCUCCAGCUCCGUUUUGUUACCUAAACAUGUGAGCACUCACAGCAUUUCCUCAUACUCACCAAAACAUGGAGGUUCUGCUCACAAGUCAGUAUCUUGUUUUAGCAGUAAAAGCGCCUAUAGUUUUGGUUCCAAAGGACAUAAGAUUUCACUAGGAAGUUGUUAUUCUGGGAAAAGUAGACAUGGGUCUGGAACUGGAUAUGGUAUCAGAGCAAUUGGCCAUGGAUUUGGGGGAUCAUCUUGUUCUGGAAGCAUCACCGCUGUUACUGUGAACCAAGGACUUCUGGCACCUCUCAACUUGGAGAUUGACCCAAACAUUCAGAGAGUGAGGACUGAAGAGAGAAAUCAAAUCAAAGGUCUUAAUAACAAAUUUGCCUCCUUCAUUGAUAAGGUUCGCUUUUUAGAACAACAGAACAAAAUGCUUGAGACCAAGUGGAAUUUACUGCAGGAUCAAAAAACUGCCAAAUGUCAAAUUGAACCUCUAUUUGAGGCUUUCAUCAGCAACCUCAGGAGGCAGCUAGAUAAUCUGGGAUGUGAGAGAACUCGUCUGGAUGCAGAGAGGAACAGUAUGGAGGAAACAGUAGAAGAAUUAAAGAGAAAAUAUGAAGAAGAAAUCAACAGGCGCACAGCUGCAGAGAAUGAAUUUGUUAUGUUAAAGAGGGAUGUUGAUGCCGCUUUUAUGAAUAAAGCUGAGCUGCAAGCUAAGGCUGACUCCCUGAGUGAUGAAAUCAGCUUCCUAAGAACCUUGUUUGAUGCGGAAAUUGCUCAACUUCAGGCCCAGAUCUCAGACACAUCAGUGGUGGUUUCAAUGGACAACAGCAGAGACCUGGACCUUGACGGUAUUAUUGGUGAGGUCAGAGCUCAGUAUGAGGAGAUCGCUAACAGGAGCAGAGCUGAGGCUGAGGCCGCCUAUCAGUCAAGGUUUGAGGAGCUUCGCAUGACCGCUGGAAGUUAUGGCAACGACCUGCAAAACACCAAAAAUGAGAUUGCUGAGCUUAACCGAAAAAUUCAAAGACUUAGGGGAGAGAUUGAAAGUGCAAAAUCACAGCGUGCUUCACUGGAGGCAGCUAUAAGUGAUGCUGAGGGCCGGGGAGAGGCGGCUGUCAGAGACGCCAAGAAUAAACUGUCUGAGCUGGAGGCUGCUCUGCAGAAAGCUAAGCAGGACAUGUCUCGCCAGCUGCGUGAGUACCAGGAGCUGAUGAACGUGAAGCUGGCGCUGGAUAUUGAGAUUGCGACUUAUAGGAAAAUGCUGGAGGGAGAAGAGGGCAGGUGA